UUAAUAAAACUUUUUGUCUGUGCUUAGUUAAUGUGUAAUUUGCACUCUAAUUUAUUUUGUUUUUAUUUUUCCAUCACAGGUGACAAAAAGGGCGCGAAGGGGCCCGAGGUGAAAGGAUCUGACGCAGCCGGAGAUGCAAAAGGAAAGGGGUGUGGAAAGGCGGGAGAACAGGGAAAAGACCAUGGAAAAGAUCAUGGAAAAGAUCAUGGAAAAGGUGCACCGGCUAAACCAGAAGAAAAGAAAGGAGGUCAUGGUCAUGGUCCCGCUAAAUGAUGAAGAACUCCUUGAAUCAACAUUCUGUAAUAAUGAUUGUAAAGAAUUAAAUACAUAAUCUUUAAUAAACUAAUCCAGAAAAAGGCAA